CUAGCCUUCGCGGGGCUCAGUUCUAUGCUCCUUGGCAGGUGAAGAAGGGAAGAGCGGAAUCAUCUGAAAAAUGGCGACCGCGGUGAAUAUUGGAGAGCUGGGCUGCUAAACAGGCGGGAAACUGAGGGGAUUCAUAAAGAUCAGCGCCUCAGGUUAUGCACGUAAAUAGUGGGGUACAAUGCCCGAGACCAAGUAAACUGGAGUCUGUAACGAUGAAAGACAGGAAGCCACUGGGACUCGCCGGAGGUAAUCAAGCUAUUACGAGUUUGUUCAGCCCGAGCUGUGAUCCAGAUGACCUUCCAGGAACAAGAAAACCGCGUUGUGAUCCCGGACAAUGUGAACCCUUAACAAUUAAUGUACGAUGACAGACCUCAAUCGCCUCAGAAAAUACCUCUCUUCUGUUGUUAAAGACCGCCUUGUGCUUGGAUCCCCCAAGCAGCACUGCAGUGAUGCUAAAACCAGCGGCCGGUCUCACUGCAGCCCAGCGGUGAAGCCAGGCAGUGGAGUAUCCAUGCCGCCCCCCAGGAAGCACAAGUGUAAACCUGCUCUGCCGAUGCAGAAGACUCCUGACAAAAGCCCCGUCCAGGAGGCCUUCGCCAGGACUGCCAGCUGGGAAAAAGCAGGGAGCCCGAGCAGAGGGAUCAGCAGGAGUCACACACACAUCCCCAUGCCCAGUGUGGUGGUGAAGAAGCUGUGUCUGCCCUCCCUCAGCUUCUCCUCCUUCGUGCUGGCCAGUGAUGACUCCACCAGGAAGAAGCCUGUCUCUAGAAACAGCAUGGCCCCUUGCGUGAAAAGCAGCAGUCUUGCUUGUGAUGAAAGGACAGAGUCCCAGGAUGGAGCCGCGAAGCCCCACAAGGCGCUUGAUUUCCUCUGCCCAGACAGCAGUUCCUCGGGCAGCCCUCCCUACACUCCCAGGAAGAUGCAGUCAAGGCUGCACAGCCCAGAGUUCAAGGAGACCCUGCAGAACUACAAGAAGCAGAGGGAGCUGAAGAGGCAAAGGCUGGAACAAUCACAGCACACAGUUAACAAAUCUUCUGAAUGCCAGCGAUCAAAUCCAGUCUCUUACAAAUCGGCAGGCCCGUCCCAGCUCUGUAAUACGACAACCCCGAAGCCGGUGCCGUCCUCCAGCCAGCGUAAGGUUCGAAAGAGUUUGUGUUAUUCACCUGAGUCUCAAAGCAGGCACGUGAGCCCAGGUUACAAGUCAGCAGAACAAUCCCCUGGGAAGAGGAAAAGAGACCUGGACGAGGAGGAUGGGAGGCUGAAAAAAAAACCCUUUCUAAAGGAUUCUGGCAAACAAGUGAGCAGCAGUAGCAAGGCCCAGAAAGAGAGCCCCGAGGUUAUCCAACACGGCUCCCAUCCUUCGCAUUGUGAAACCGUUAAGCACAAAACUACAGCCAUUGACAGAAUUGAAUUUAAAAUGGCUUUGUUGCGACGCAUGACUAACUUGAACAAUGCUGACCUCUCUCCCAGGGAGGAAGGUCCGCCGCGGCAGUCUGAACUUGAGAGUGGAGGUUCUUUGUUGCGACGCAUGACUAACUUGAACAAUGCUGACCUCUCUCCCAGGGAGGAAGGUCCGCCGCGGCAGUCUGAACUUGAGAGUGGAGGUUCUUUGUUGCGACGCAUGACUAACUUGAACAAUGCUGACCUCUCUCCCAGGGAGGAAGGUCCGCCGCGGCAGUCUGAACUUGAGAGUGGAGGUUCUUUGUUGCAACGCAUGACUAACUUGAACAAUGCUGACCUCUCUCCCAGGGAGGAAGGUCCGCUGCGGCAGUCUGAACUUGAGAAUGGCGAUUCUUCUGUCUCUGAUCACUCCUUGUCUAGCGCUGAGGUGGCCUUGGGCUUAACAGAUGGAAAAAAUGUCAACACCACUGAAGUUUACCAUAAAAAUGGUACAUUGUCUCCUGUAUUGAGAACACCGGAGAGAACCGAAGGGAGCUCUCCCACUUUAGCUAAGAGCGGCACUUUGCUGUCCCCCCCAUUCAGGGAGGGGACUCCUGGUGGAGACUCUUGUUCUGAUGGAGGAGGGACUCUGGACAGGACUGCAGGGUACUGGCGGGACAGUUUGGAUAGUGAUGAGGGAGGCGCUGUGGGCAGCCUGAGCAGUGACAGUGAUGAUGAGGACGAGCCUUUGUUGUCGCUGGAUGAGUUCAUGUCUCGGGGUUCAAAGCCAGCUGCCACGCCAGAGAAAAGCUCUUAUUCGGAGCCCAGCACUCCUGUGUCCUCGAGCCAUUUUACAGCUGGCCCCAGCAGACCAUUAAGUUACAAAAACAGCCUCGAAAGCAUGCUGAAAGAAAAGGAGGAACAGCAGAGAGUGAAAGAGAUUGAUCUCCAGUUCCAGAAUGACAUCGGAGAGGGCAAGGUGAUGUGGAAACUGAGUGAGGAGCUGGAAGAGGGCAGUGCUGAUGAAGAGGAGUUCAUUCCUGAAGAACACCGUGAUUUUGUGGAGAAGUUUUCCAUUAUUUCUGAUGCCAUUCCGGACCUGCGCCCAGGAGAGGAAAUCUUCCACUUGUCAAACUUCGGGAAGCUCUUCACUGAGGAAAGUCUUGACUUGAGAAACUGCGGAUUGAGCCCUCAGAGUCGUGAGCAGGACGCGCUUCUGAGUUUCUGCCCUCGAAAACAACCCUUUGUGUGCAGUCAAGGCUUUCUGAAGAUGGCGUUUCAGUGUGCUCCUCGUCAGCCAUCUCUUUACAAGUGGUUGUUUCAGAUGAUGUCUGUCCAUUCAGAUUUUUUGACUUCUACACUCAUUCUUAAAGGGCUAAGAGACCUUGCAUUGAAUGCUGCUGAUCAGAUAGUUCUAUACAACAACAAAACAGUCCGGGUCUGGCUUCCGCCUCUGGAAGACGUGGUGCUCGUGUUUCUUAAUAUGGGCGUCCCCUUCAGCAGCCUGUUCCCACUGGAGAAUCUCCAGCCAGACUUCUCUGAAGAGGACAUUGUGCAAAGGGUAGAUGCUGUGGCAGAGGAUGCUCUAGAGAGUCGUGAAUGUGAUCCUGUGUGUUUCCCAUUGCAGAACUUUGUCAAUGUACUUCAGUAUCUGGUGAUGUGCACCUCCCUGUGCCCCAGGGCCUACAGUGACCGGGACAAGCUGCUGCUGCUGUCCCUGCUGUGCAGAGUCAGCCUGGAGAAGGGGCUGCGCCUGCACCCCAUGGUGGAAAUCCAGACGAUCAUUCACAACCUGCUCAAGAGCAUCAGGCACUGGGACACGCAGAUGCCUCUAGUUUGUCUAACUUUGAUCAACCUAGCAGCUCAUCACCAUAACCUGCGAUGGCUGGUUACAUUACUGCCCAUCUACUCCCGCGGCAAACAACUCAGGAGACAUGUGAGCCUGGCGCUCAUCUCCAAACUCUUGAACAAGAACUGCACUUACAAGGUGGAAAAUGCUGAUCUUCAGCUAGCUGAACUUCGUCCCUACUUGAUUCGAAUGAAGCCCUCCUCUCUCUUAAAAAAUAUUAAAGCUGAAAAGAAGUGGGGGAAUCGGCUGGGAGAGGAUCAGCCAUCAGAAAUCAGCCUGGAUCAGGAGGCAUACUACCUUGCACAUAGCCUGUUGGCAUUGGCCAGUGAAGUGGUGAACUUUGAUUCUGUUCCUGCCAGUCAAAGAAAACACCUAGUGCUACUGUCUGCUGAACUGGAAAAGCACGUGAAAUGUGAUAUCAGGGAGAGCGAUAAGCUUGUUUACCGCAGCAAGGUCAAGGAUUUGGUUGCUCGGAUUUAUAUAAAAUGGCAGGAACUCCUUCAGAGAUCCAGGCCUCUGCAGGGUAAGCUGCAUGACUACUGGGAGCCUUCAGUAGAGAAUGCCAGCACAGCCAGCCAAGAACCAGAACUGGAACCUGACGGGGAGGCCAACAAAGAACCUGUGACUUAACUACUGAAGAAUGUGAGGCUAGCGGAGAGGAGAUGCAGUGAUUCAAUUUGCUCGCUUACGAUCGGUUCUAAACAUUCAGCCUACCCUCCACUUGCCUUCCACAUUUCAAUACACCAGCAAUAUUAAAUACAACACAAUCUGCUGACUGAAAUUCACACAGUCAAUAUCAAAACGCUUCUCCCCUCCGACAUCCCCGCUGAAACGGACCGAAGAAAUCUGGUAGUGUUUCUUUAGUCUAAAUUAUACUUUACAAACAAAAAAAGCCAAAUUAAUUAUUCAGUAUUUUGGUGUUAACCCUUAGCUAGCCAGUGUCCAGUAUAUUUAACAUUGAGAGAAUAGACAUUAAACAGUUAUGGGAACACACCCAGAGCCGCGUUGUUUCCAGGCUGACAGGUUUACCUGGGCGAUCUCAACACUACAAGGUGGGGAGAGCUGACGAGAGAAUGAAGUGCAAUUGUUACUUCAGCUUCAGGCAAAGCUGCUAAAAAAAAAAUGCAAAGAUCACACGCAAAAGAAAUAAUUCUGCUGCACAUUUUACAUAUUUUUGUUACUGUAUAUAUUUAUAAAGAAAGUAAUUGCACUUGGCAGUAGCCGUUCUGUUUCAGCCCUGUCCACAUUGGAUAUGUUAACAUGCAGGCAGUGUUCAGAAUCAAAAUAAAGAAUUUACAAUGAGUGCAACGAUACCUAUUUCUUCAAAUCAAUUACCUUUCAGAAGUAUUAAUUAAAUCUAUUAGUGUGCUGAUUUCAAAACAUGAAAAGAAUGACCUUCCAUCGCCAUUAUAAUUGAGUAGCAAUGAAAUUCAUGUCGGCACAGCGUGUUUUAAAAGCCAAUUGGAAGUGAACUGCCCUCUCGUCCCGGGCCCUGAUCUAUUUACUGCUGUACCAAGUGAAAACUGACCAGGAAAAUAUGAUGCAAAACCAGUGGAUGCACUUGAUUGGUCACCUAAACGUGAGCUUUCCUUACACCUAACUGAAGAGGGAGGUGAAGCGGUGGAAGCUGGGAUACAUAUGUCCGAGAGUUCCAUCCAAGAGUUCAAUCGCACAAUUCACUGCAGACAUGACGCGAUUCUGAGCAAAGUGAAAUAAAAAAUUAAUUUAAAAGGAAGGCAAGACAAACCGCUAAAAUUGUUUUGUGUUGCGUAAUUAACACGUUUUAUUUAAUUAAUACCCAACACCUUCUGAUUUCCUCAAGGUAAAUACUUUGAGAAUGCAAGUAACGGCGCACCCCUGACUCAGAGUAUUGUGUGUUCGUGGACAGCUCUGAAUUCUGAAAGCCUUGUCCUGGAAAUCAUUAUCAAUUCCUCUUCCUUGUGUGCUGUGUCUCGGGUUAAAAGGGAAACCCAGAAUCAAGUACUGAUUUCCUGAUCAGUUCUCAUUGAAUGCGAGGCUAGCAUUUGUAGACUAUAUAAAAAAUAAAAAAGCACAAAAUCGUGGAAGGCUUUUCCCCGUGCAAUUGCUGGUGCUCUCCCCUCUCCCCUCUCUCCAUACACCACCUUCAGGACCCUCUGUAGUGGUUCUCCCGAACACUUCGUAUCACAGUCGAGUGGAGCUGACUUCUAGCCUGCACCAAAUAAAGGUCUGUUUGGAAUGCUGAGGGUGCAUCACCUUCAUUAAAAGAAAAUCCAGUCCAGAGUAUUCUGAUGUUAGGAACUGCAUGGAAAUGUUCGCUGUUGUUUUCUGCACCCAAUCUCCCCGCCCCCAAGCCAUUUGAAUGUAUGUUUUUAUAUUAAAUUUGGUUCAAAAUUGUUGUCCAUUGUCUUUUGAUUUCUACAGUUUUUUUAAAAAUAUGUUCUAUAUUUAAAGCCUUGCUUUUCAUUUCUUUUUAUAAUGUUUGGUACCGGUACAACUGUUUUAAUGUGAUUGUAAUAUCUGUACUUUUAAAUAUUUGUUAGUUAUAUAAUAAAGAUGCAAGUCUG